UGCAGCAGAUGGCGAAUCUCACAGAGCUUCUCACACCAUGGCUGUGGCUUCUCUCUCUGAGCUUUGCCUCACAGCAAUGGCAGGAUUCCAGCUGCACUUCUUCUGGCACACUUCCUGCCGCUGAGAUGUUCUUGGGGACAAUCUCUGCUAAAGAGGGGGACACUGUCAGAGGCAGAUGUUUAAUCCCUGCAGAAGCCCCUGUCACCAUUGUUUUCUUUUGUAAGGAUGGGAUGGAAAUUUCAAGGCUUCAAGCCAGGAGAAGAAAAUUCUCUUAUGAUUUAGCUUACAGUGUGGCUGGCAGCUCAGGCAAUAUUUCCUGUGGAUACAUGUACAGAAAUGACAAUAACCAGGUGUUAAAUUCUCUGCUGAGCAUCGCUUGGUAUCUGAAGGUCACAGGUGCCAGUUCCAGAAGCAGCACGACUGAGAAUCCACCUUAUCAAGGACUGGAAAAUAAUACAAUAUUGGCAAUUACAAUUCCUGUUUUGGUGGGUGUGAUUUUGGCUCUUGUUCUGCCCCUAGUGUAUUACCUUAAGAAGAAGAAAGAACUCCAGAAACAAACCUCUGUCUCCUUAUCCCUUGUAACUAAAAGAAGAAAAGAAAGGUUGCAAAGCCUUCGUGAGAGGAAUGAUAAACCCACUGAAGAUCAGUAUACGGAUAACAAUGGGGUUGCAUAUUCCCAUGGCAUGGGCAAAGAAGCCCCGGAGCAAAUCUAUCAAAAUUUUGAUCUAGAGGAUGUGCCUCGUUCUACACGUCACUCAAAACAGAAGUAUGAAUCUGCCUUUCCACUAUAUGUGAAUGACUUGUACAGGCCAUGAGAGGUGCAGGAUGUUGGAAGAUAAGCAUCUCACUUUAGCUUUUUCAAAGAUUGAUUUCAAUGUGUCAGAGCCAGCAGAAGAGGGAAGAAGAGGACACUCAGGCACUGAAGGAACAUUUCAGAAAUUUGGAAAUAUGCAGAAUUUUUGUUUUUUGAAGAGAGAAAUAAAGAGCAACAUGAGUAUAACCUAUCUGAUUUCUUAACUGGGGAUGAGAAUGUGUGUCAAUUUCAGACUAGUUCCUCCUGUGCAAAGGGAAAAUGUGAGUUUGAUGUAAAUAGAUGAUGCUGUAUUAUAAAUCAUAAUUUCAUUUCUGCUACAUGUAUGCUGGACUGGAAUGUAUGAGAGGGCUUACUUUAUUAUUUCAUCA